AUGCGCUCAUUGCCAGAGGACCUGGCGAUCCAGUACCGAAAGCGCACAAAGACCGGCGCAGACGCCGCGGACUCUGCAGUCCAAUCGAGAGACGAGCAAGUCAAGGCAAUCUUGAAGUUCCUUCAAGUGGAAGUCGAAAGUAGAGAGGAGAGUCUAGCGUCACGCGAGAAGGCCACUUCAGGGAGACCGUCACCUCACCUCACCACCGCGGACACCUCACCACCGCCACUUCUACCGUCCGCUCUAGCCCUGACAGCCCGGUCAUCAUCGCCAGGGGCCACUUCAAGGCCUGCACAGACAAUAUGUCCCCUCUGCGGCAUCUCAGGCCACUUGACGCGUAAUUGCCGAGCCGCCCUAUCCGCAGAAGAAAAACACCAGCGCCUUUCCAGCAAUAGCUGCUGCUUCAGGUGCGGGAAGAAAGGGCACAUUGCUCGUAGUUGCCGAACCGCAGCCUGGCUUAUGUGCGACCGAUGCUCAGGACGCCAUAUUUCUGCUGUGUGCGACAUCUGGGGCCGACGAGGGUCCGACAGUCCACAACCGACUGGAGCUGAAACCCGAGAGGCGGCCACACAGCGAGAAAAGCACGUAACAACAGCUCCUGCUAGCAGCACGCGUUCGUCGUCGGUGUUGCUACAAACCGCCACAGUGUGGGCAUCCGGAACCCGUGGCUGUGUGCCAGUGCGACUGCUGCUUGACACCGGCAGCCAACGAACGUUCAUCCGAAAAGACUUGUCGCAGCAGCUUUGCCUGCCUUCCACUGGAUAUGAAGAGAUGGAUGUCUACACAUUCGGCGGGUCAAAACACCCACGACAUUACCAGUGCCGAAGGGUGAACGUCACGCUCUGUGCACGUAUUGAGCCGAUCGUCGUCGAUGUUGAAGCUCUGGAGAUGCCAGAGGUCUGCACCGUAAAGGGUCCAGCUUUAGAGCCAAACGUCAUCAAUAUGAUGCGUGACCGCAAUCUGACCUUGGCUGACGAAGUUCAAGGGCACCAACCUCAAGACUCUACGAUAAGCGUUUUGAUCGGUUCAGACCACUACUGGAGGGUAGUGAUCGGACGCGUCGAGUGCUUAACAGACAAUCUGUGUGCAGUUGAGACCAUAUUUGGCUGGGUCAUUCAAGGAAUGUGCGCUAACGUCUACCAUCCUUCGACACCGCGUAACAUCAGUGCAACUGCCUUGUUCCUGGCUUGUUCCGACGACUGGCGCACUGAAGUCCGACCUGGAGACGUAUCAGAGAUGUGGCGCUUGGACGCCAUCGGCAUAACUGACGGACAAGAAGACGACGUCAGCCAGCACCCAGCGCUCGUCCACUUUCGUAGCGCAAUACACAAGAGCGCAGGACGCUACGUCGUGCCGCUCAUGAUCAAGACGCCAGGUCUCACGUCUUGUACUAACCGAAGUGUGGCUGAAACGAGGCUCAAGCGUAAGCUUCAGCGGUUCGAGCAUCACCCAGAAGUUCUGAAGGAGUACCAUGCCACCAUAGGCGAGUACUUCAAAGAAGGCCAUGCGGAAAGAGUAGUGCCGUCGGCACCCCUUGGACAGACCGUCGACUACCUGCCUCACCAUGCGGUAGUCCGACGUGAGGCAGUGACUACAAAGGUCCGCGUCGUGUUCGAUGCCUCAUCGCAUGAAUACGGUGAACCGUCUUUGAACGACAUGCUCGAUAAAGACAUCAAGCUGGGUCCUGAGCUCUUGCAGCUACUCUUGCAGUUUAGGAGCAGCAAAUUUGUUCUCACCGCGGACAUCCGAAAGGCGUUCCUCCAGAUAUGGAUCCGAUCGGAAGAUAGGGACGCUAUUCGCUUCUUAUGGAUCGACCAAUUACCGACACGUGAGCAUCCCGUCCCAACCAUCAUCGAGUGGCGCAUGACCCGGGUCCCUUUCGGAGCAUCUCCUAGCCCGUUCUUGUUGUCAGCAACCCUACAGCACCACCUCGAAACAUGGAAGUCGAAGCACCCGGACAUCGUCGCCCGCCUACAACGGUCAUUCUACGUGGACGACUUAGUCAUCGGCGCGUUUUCCGAAGAGGAGGCAUUGGAGAUUUACCGAGAAGCGAAUGCUAUCGUUACCGAUGCGGGAAUGGAAUUGAGAAAAUGGUGCUCAAACUCCCGCCUUCUCUGCGACCAGUUCUUGAACGACGGCCUCUCACUAGAGAAUGUCACCGAGCAGAGCUCGAAGUCCAAGGUGCUUGGUCUGCUGUGGGACCGCCCAUCAGAUGACAUCAUCAUCACUACGCAAGGCGUAAUCACGUUCGUUUCCACUCAACCGUCAACGAAGCGAACCGUGUUGCAAGCAUAUGCCAGGCUAUUCGACCCACUGGGCUUCGUCGCUCCAUUUCACGUGACAGCUCGUAUCCUGUUGUCGUGGGUGUUCCACGUUGCGCUCAUUGCCAGAGGAUUCCACGUUGCCUCGCAUGAGCAUCGCAAGAUCAGGGACGCGCUACAAUACAUUUGUUCGCUGACGCCAGCCCUCAUGCGUAUGGAGUCGCAGUGUUCGUACGCCAACCACUAG